CCAGCGUCCACCUUUGGGCAUCCACACCCAUCAGGCCAAUUUGUCCACAGGAAGAGGCGGCCCGGUCUGGUUGGAUAUGUAUAUCGCCCUGGAAAUAUAUCGCCUGAGACGCGUUCCUGGCCAUUGACGUGCCAGCCGUCUCAUCAUCCAGCGUGCUGUUGGCGCCACACAAUGGACUCCCAGUCAGCCAUUCCACGUCCGUCUGGCAUUCCCAGGCCAGCAUCGUCUCGUCUCCCCGUGCUCAGGCCCUCUGGCAGUCAGUCUCAACUGCGGGCACCCGCGUCCACCGAGCAGUUACGCAAGAAGCCAUCUAUAUCGUCGAUAUCCCGGCCGAAUCCCCAGACAGCAACCUUGCAGAAGAAGGCCUCCAGAGCGUCGCUCAUUCGCUCCAACACCCCCUCAACCGCUUCAUCUGCGACCUCAGGCCCCACCCGGGCUUCCCUGACCUCGUCCUCACGGCGAGCGAGUGGGAUACCCAGCUUUGGCCAACCACGAGCCUCCACCUCCAUCCCUACAAACGAUGCGCCUGUGUUCAAGAAACCGUUUGCCCGGCCCCCGUCUCGUCAGACGAAAGCCCCACCGCAGCCCGCGUCCGCUUCAAAUAUUAGCAGAGAGGAUGAUGCAGUAGGCAGUUUGGAUGGAUUUAGGUCAGCUUCGAGAGCUUCCUCAAGAGCAAGUUCUAGGGCAGGCUUUCAUGAGCACGCCCCUGAGCCAGACCAUGUGCUCGAGGACGAGCCCGAGUUUGAGAGGGGUUCGACUCAGAGGUCACAACCGUCGCUUUCAGAACGGACUGUAGAAAGUCUAGCACAUCUGCCACCUUCGCCAGCGCCAAGAAAGGGAAGGCGAAGAUCCAGCUUCUUCAACGCAGACAACAGUAUGCCGCCCCCACCACGGCCUGCGUCAGCAAUGUCAAACAACAGUAGGCCGACUACGAGUGACGGGCCGACCUAUGCACCCCCGGCAACGCCCAAGAGACUGCUUGCUCCCUCAGGAAGAAUGUCCAUGACCGCGCCUGGUAAGAGAAGUGCCAGUGCGAAUGUGAUAACACCUACUGCGACACCUAGUCGACAACUUUCAACAUCGCGCCCAGUAUCCACGAUCAAAAAGCUGCCACUCUCUCAAGCACAGAAUCUUGUGAAUACGCCAAAACCGCGCCCUCUGUUUAGUAGCAAAAGUAUGGUUACACGGACACCAAAGGCUCGCCCCUCCUUGGCCGGCACCUUUGGACAGGCAAUAUCGCCUACUGGUCCUGCAGUUGCUGCUCCAAUCACACCACCGAGCCGGAACAAUCUUACGACGAAAACGCCAGAUACGAGCCGAAAAGUAUCAAGCUCAUCUACUGUCCUUCGGGAUCAAAUAGCGAAAGCAAAGGCAGCUCGAAAAGUGGAUGCAGGAGUAACGCCCACUGAAUCUCCUCCCAAAGCUGCAAGCUCCUCCAAUGCGUUACGAGAGCAGAUUGCAAAGGCCAAGGCAGCUGCAAGGCAAGGAAAGGUCGAGCCGGUGCGCACCAGCACACCACCCAGAGAUGCCAUCAUCCCCGACCCGGUUGAGAUUGCAAGUUUCGAUUUUGGCCUUGACGAUGACCCCUUCAAUCAGCGUGGGAAAAGCGGGAAAUCUCUACUGCGUAAGCGCAUUGACGGCGCACGCGUAGAUGGGCGCCUGAACAUCGCUGCAAUGGGCCUCAAAGAAAUACCGGACGAAGUACUCGCCAUGUAUAAAUACGAUCCCGAAGACAAAACAGUAGCCUGGGGUGAAAUUGUCGACCUGGAUGUUAUCGUGGUCGCAGAUAACGAGCUGGAGGCCCUUCCUGUGGCUAUGUUUCCCGAUGUUGAUAUUGAAGAUCUGAUUGAUUCAGACGAGGCAGGACCCCAGUUUGGGGGAGUACAGAGCCUCGACCUUCACGGAAACGUCCUCCGAGAGCUGCCGAUGGGCUUAAGACGUCUGACGCAACUCUCGAAAUUGAAUCUCUCAAGGAACAAGCUCCCUAUGGAGAUUCUUGAGGUCAUCGCUCACAUUCCCACCCUUCGCGAACUGAAGCUAGCUGAAAAUGACCUGCAAGGGGAUCUAUCUACAGCGCUCUGCAACCUCGGUGCAUUGGAGGUCCUCGAGCUGCAGGGCAACAAACUAAGUAGCUUACCAGCUGCAAUGGGACAGCUAAGUCUACGGACGCUCAACGUCUCCGAUAACCAGCUGAAGACAAUACCUGCGGAACUUUUCACUUCAAGCCUCAUCGAGCUCCACGCGUCGAAAAACCGGCUCGAUGGCGCCUUGUUCAGCGUAGACUCUGUACCACACCUACAGGUGUUGCAUGUCGCGAACAAUUCGCUUGUAUCGUUAUGCGGCGGCAAUUCUAUCCACCUGUCUUCACUUAGGAUUCUGAACCUAUCUACGAACCGACUAAUAUCCCUACCCGAAGUGACCAACUGGACCAGUCUAACCACGCUCCUCGUGAGUGAGAACAAGCUCGAUACUUUACCUGAGGGCUUUGUGACGCUGCCAAUACGCACCGCAGACUUUACAAGUAACGAUAUUACGCAACUUGACGAGAGAAUAGCUCUAAUGGAGAACUUGGAGCACCUCACAUUUGCGGCCAAUCCACUCCGGGAGCGGAAGUUUCUGACAAUGGGCACUGAGGAAAUCAAGCGGGACUUAGCAUCCCGACUACAGGCUUCCGAUGCGACCACCGCAGAUCAAGAUGGAGAUGUCGAGAGCGACACAACUGAAUUAGCUCAGGGUACUAUGUGGAAGCUUACCCCCUCUGGCACGUUGGAUCUAUCGGGCAAGAGCCUAACUGAGCUGGAUCUGGAUGAAGCCUCCCUAGAUGCCUUCACAGACAACCUGCGCCAACUACAACUGCAGGAAAACAUUUUAAAAGCCAUACCAGCUAUGCUGUCGCAUCUCGCCCACCUCACCGUCCUUGAUCUCUCCAAAAACAACAUAGAAGUUGCGCUUACAGCACCCCUCGAGCUCCUCAAGCUCCGGGAACUCCGCCUCGCUAGCAAUAAGAUCAAGUCACUCGAGCCGCUGACAGCACACCUAACAGCGCCCUCGCUCCAUACCCUCGACAUUAGCCAUAACCGCCUCACCGGCGCUCUCACUCUACUACAACCUUCAUUCCCCGCCCUCGUCACCCUCCUCGCGUCCGAUAACAGUAUUUCGGAGGUUUCCGCCGAGUCCUUGACCGGCUUGAAGGUCGUCAAUCUGAGCAAUAAUGAUAUCGAGCGUUUGGAACCGCGAAUCGGCUUGCUCCAGGGUAUAUUGACGGCGUUGGAGGUUGCGGGAAACCGAUUCCGGGUCCCGAACUAUCAAAUUCUUGGUAAGGGCACGGAUGCUGUAUUGACGUGGCUGAGGGAUAGGAUUCCACGCGAGAGUUGGAAGAGUGAUGGGACAGAGGCGGAGUUUUUUGAUGCUGAUGACGGGACGUCAUUUUGAAUUUCUUAGAUGCUGGUGUAGAGGGCAAUGCGUGUUGUUGGCUAGACAGGCAAGGCAAGGCGUGACAUGGCGCUCAAUACUCUCUUUGGGAAUGAGAUAUUGCGUUAAGACAGGCUACUUCUUUCUAGGUACGGUGUGCCGAAACCUCUUGUCUAUCGAUAUUGUAAUACAGGUGAACGUUUCUUCUUCUUGUUAAAUAGCUACCUGAUACUAAUCUAGACCUAUUUAUCAUUCGCGGCUACGCAUGUACAUAGCGCUCACAUAACCUGUAGAGUUAAAUACAUCUAAUUACCGUUCC